UUAAAAGUCGUCUUUUUCCAGACAAACUUAAACCAAGAUGCCGAUCGUUCGAGGCUCAAGUAUGAUGUCCCUUGGGACCUGGAAGGCUAGGAGCACCAAAUACCAGAGAUUUUUGAAUUUGAGUAACGUGUUUUUACUGAUCACCUCUACUAUUCUAGUAUUCUCUGCAAUUAUUCUAAUCAAAUUCUACCAUAUUACGAAGUUAAACUUCUGGUCCUAUUGGUUUUACGUCAACCCAAUUUUAAUGAUAUCUCUGGGCCUCUACACCUUCGCUGUAUCAGUUUAUGGAUUCCUCAUCUCAAACCAAGAAAACAGAUGCCUGAUAUCCAUGAUAGCAGUAUUCCUGGGAAUAGCGUUCCUAGCUCAAGUAUGCUCCGUUUUCAGCGCCAUGGAAGUAAGGAACCUUAUCAAUAACGAGGUUAUUGAUCCCAGCGCUAUACUUGAAGAUAUGCAACACUAUGGUGAAGUAGGUUAUGAGGCAAAAACAGCUAGCUGGGAUGAAAUGCAGAAAGAUCUCAGGUGUUGCGGAGGUGACAAGUUUGAUACUGGAUAUCAGGAUUGGAGAUCAGCUACCAUUGGAAUCCAGAAGAAAAGUGUCCCAGACUCCUGCUGUCAUGAAAUGAGAGAAGGAUGUGGAGAUCAAAUUGCGAAAGCGAGUCCGUCCCAGAUAUCGCUAGGAAUCUACAAGGAUGGAUGUGUGGCAAUUCUCACCCAAAAACUCAAAACUGAUGUAGAGCCUAUGAUGAUAGUUUAUUCCUGUGUUGGAGUUGUCCUUGCUAUUGUUGAGCUAAUCACAGUUGUUCUGGCCUGUGCAUACGUUGCUCAAAUCAACAGGAGAAGAAAGAGAGAUGAACUCUUUACCAGAGUGGGGAAUGCGGGGGCCCAAGAUGAAGAGUUCCUCCCCUCCCUAACUACAAAGGAAACUAACUUCUGACUUCCGGGGAACUCGGAACACGUGAAUUUGCCUCCGAAACACGUGACUUCACCUGCGGAACAAGUGACUUCGCCUGCUGAACACGUGACUUCACCUGCGGAACAUGUGACUUCACCUGCGGAACACGUGACUUCAUCUGCGGAACACGUGUUCUUAGACUAUUCCCACGAUGGUGUACCUGACAGCAGUACGACUAGUUUACGUUUAAGCCUUUACGAGAAAAAAAUUCUGUUAAAGCGAGAAUUUUUCAAAUAACUUUUUUUAACCGUUUCAUUGAUUUUUUAAAUUUUUCAUUUAUUGCUUAAUGAAAGAACUUUAAAGAAACCGAACCCCCCAGAAUUGAAUGCUUUUACUGUUUGCAAAACGUUGAAAAAACGUUAAUUAACCUUCACCCUAUACAUAGCAUUGCAUAUUUGUAUAUACUCAAUACUUAGUGUAACAGUAGUGCCAAAUUAAAAUCGUUAUGCAAUUAGUAAUUUGUAUCAAAAUGGCCUAGAUAUUUUGCAUCAGUCACUUUUUUUCUGUAUUGUCAUUUACUUUGUUUGCAACCCAUUUUGCAAAUUUUACAAUAAAACUACUACUCUUCAUCCAGUGUAUGCGAGUUUUAAAGGUCUAUUCAGUUUUAAACCGGUUCUAUGUAGGACAGUAGGGCUAGGGAUGUUCAGCUUUUUAUUCAACCUGUUCAUUAACUAAAAUCGUUCAAAAGACCAACCUUUCAAUAAAUCCGUUUGUUUUUAGCAAAGAUGAAAGAAUUGAACGUCUCGUUCAGGUAAAGGCAUUUUCCAUUCUUCCGUUCGUUAACGAUCUUAAUCUUAUUAAUGACGUUAACGGAAGAUAUUUAAAAAAUUAAACACGUUAAAUGGAAAUUUAUAUUUUAUUGUCUGUAAGAUUAUGCAAUUUUAAGCAGAAUUGUUUUUUAUUUUGAAACACAUCUGUUCGUUCUUUUUUAUUUUACGUUCUUUUUCUUUGUGAACGGAUAUUCACGUUCAUUAACGAUUUCAAAACGGAUUUUGAGAUUUGUUAAUAGAAACCUUUGUUAAUUUUAAAAAACUUAACGUUCCUUAACGAACAAUAUCCUAGUCCUGGUUCUAGGAUUUUGAUUUGAACAUCUGCUGGGAUUAAGUCAAGAUCAAAACUGAAUCGGGCUUUUAGAUUCACAACUCCGGCCGAAUCUUUUUCUUCAGUCUUGUAUACAAUGCAGUACAGUACAACACCAUUAUGUACAUGUUAUCAAGGCAUAUUAUCAAGUUGAGUACAUAACGUGCAAACCUUGUAAAGUUGUACACAAUGCUACUAAAUCAAUAAAAAGAUAAAUUAA